UUUAAGCACUUAAUCAAAAUAAUCAGUAGUAUUUUUUUUUUUUUUUUUUUGACGACUUUAAGUACAUAGUGGGGUAGAGAUUUGAUAUAGGUGUUCAUUAAGCUAAAUUGUUAAGAAAAAUUGGGCAGGAUGGGGUGUUGUUUCAUGUUGAUUUCAAUGUGCCUUUUGAUUUUUAGUUAUGGAAGAGAUUAAAAGGAAAAUAGUAAUGAAAUUAAGGAAGGUAGUGUAAUGGGGUUUUGGUAUUAAUAAUAACCUAUUAAAGUUGAUAACUUCCAAGUUGUUUUUUAUUCUCUUUUGCUUUGAUUGUAAUUUACCUUUUAUGGUACUUGUUUAUUCCUGUAUUAUUUUAAUUUUGUUUCCUUCUUUGAAGUAUAAGUGGGAUCUGAUGUGGAAUAAAAUUUCUUUUAAAGAAAAACACAAACUUUUGUUCUUCUCAAGUACAUAUUUGACAUUUCAUCAUACUUUUCGAAUCUUUAUAUAUUUCAAUUUCUCAAUAAAAUUGGUGAGGAUUAUUGUGAUGUUGAAGUAUGUAAUGUUUGGAUUUCAAAAUUUCCAAUACUUUUCCAUGAGCAUGUUUUUUUUUUUUUUAAUGUACGGAUCUGUUCAUACGAGUUUAAUCAAAUUAUUCAAUAUAUAUAUAAUCUAUGUUAUAGGUUGAUCUCCAUCUACAAAUCAAUAGUUUUGAUGAUCAUCUUAAUCAUUGGUAGUUUGUAGGUCGAAAAUUUUAAUUACAAUUUUGAAGGUAAUUAAGUGUCAUGUUUUUCCUUUUUUUUUUGGUCCUUCAUUAAUGUUGCAGCUUCAAGCUUGUCGCUAAUCUUGGAAUAGACUUCAGAAGAAGAAACAAUGGUUGUAAAAGAAUCAGACAUGAUUUCACAUGAUGAAGUGGAAUCGCCAUUACAGUCUGAACAACAGCUCAAGCAACAUAGAUUCUCUUCUCUUGGAAGGCAAUCCUCCAUUUACUCACUCACAUUGGAUGAGUUCCAACAUACACUUUGUGAGAGUGGCAAAAAUUUUGGCUCCAUGAACAUGGAUGAGUUCCUCACCAGCAUUUGGACAGCAGAGGAAAACCAAGCAAUUAACGCCAGCCAAUCGGGGACGGCCGUCGUUGCUGCUGUGGCAGCAUUGAGCAAUGCUCAGGGUCACUUGCCGGUGAGCGGAGGAGCGUCUAUGGAGAAACGCAACAUAGAGAAGCAAGCAAGCCUACCUCGCCAAGGUUCGCUUACACUUCCUGCACCCUUGUGUAGGAAAACUGUGGAUGAGGUUUGGUCCGAGAUACAUAAGAGUCAGCAGGGGAGGAAUCACAAUAGCAACAGUGGUAAUGCCAACUCUCAGAAUCCGGAAUCUGCCACACGCCAACCGACGUUUGGGGAGAUGACACUGGAGGAUUUUCUGAUCAAAGCUGGAGUUGUUCGAGAACAUUGCAUUGGGGGAGGAGUGCCGCAGCCAUUGCCACCGUCCCAGCAAUAUGGUAUGUACCAGAAUAGCAACCACACCAUUGGUGCUGGUUAUGUUUCCAGGCCUAUUAUGGGACUCAAUACAUCUGCAGCUGGUGGUGGUGCUAGUGGUAAUGCCGCUGCUGGUGGCAUUACAACGUACCAACCAGUUCCUCAAGGUGGUUCUACUAUUGGAGAUACAUCAGGAUUUGCUGGCAAUGGUAAAAGAAACAGUGUGUUCUCAUCACAGCCUCCACCUGCAGUGUGUUAUGGUGGAAGAGUGGUGAACGGUGGCGGAGGUGGUGGUGGGGGAGGAGGAUAUCCACCUGCUCAACCGAUGGGGUUGGCAGCGCCUGUAAGUCCAGUAUCCCCAGAAGGAAUGUGUACAAAUCAGGUGGAUAGCUCAAAUCAAUUUGGGUUGGACUUGGGUGGGUUAAGAGGUAGGAAGAGGAUAAUUGAUGGGCCAGUUGAAAAAGUUGUGGAAAGAAGACAAAGAAGGAUGAUAAAGAAUAGAGAGUCAGCUGCAAGGUCUAGAGCUAGAAAACAGGCCUACACAGUAGAGUUAGAAGCAGAGUUGAACCAAUUGAAAGAGGAAAAUGCUCAUCUUAAGCAGGCCUUGGCAGAGCUUGAGAGGAAGAGAAAGCAACAGUACUUGGAGGAAACAAAGAAUUUUCAUACGAAAGCACAAAGAGCAAAGGAAAAGCUUCGUGUAAUGAGGAGAACUUUGAGCUGUCCAUUGUGAAAGAAAAUGUUCAAAUGUUCCGGUCAUGCUUAUGGCAACAUGGAACGCACUUAAGUAGUUAGCAGAUAACUUCCAAAGGGUCACAGGAAAACCUCGUGCAUGCAGGAAAUCGAGAACUCGGCAUCUUAGAGAGCAGAACAUCUAGUAGGAAUUUGAGCUGCUCGUCAUAAUUUUCUUCAUUGACUCAAAUCUUGUACUGAUGAAUGGCCUAGCAGUACAAGAUUUUGACUUUGCUUCCUUAUGGAUUCGUCGAGGUUUUGUAAUGAAGUAGAUAGGCAUAAUCUGCAUAAAAUCUGAUAAAUCUUCCGGUCUUUGUAAGCUAUAAAGAUUAGAAUAGAGAAUGAAUCACCUUUGCGGUAUCA